CUCUGUCCCGCCGUCUCCGUCUCCGGCCACCGAAGCCCUUCCUUCGCCUGAAAAAGAGAGAGAGAGAGAGAGAGAGAGAGAGCGACAGUUCGUACCAAGGAUCCAUGGCGACUGCGGGCCUGCUGCGGAGGGAGAGGGAGCAGUUCGGCUCUUCCCCCUUCACUGGACAGACGACGAUCGAAAGCAAGAUCCAGGCCCUGGAAGACGACAUUGGCGCCACCAAGGUUAGCAACAGGAGAUCGUGCCGGUGGCUCAACGACCGCCUGCUGCUGGAGCUGGUCCCCCGUCUUGGCGCUGACGAGAUCAAAGGCCUCUUCGCUCCGCCACCAUGGGGUGAGGAGCUGCCCCUGUCUGCAUUCUGCAUGACAAGUUCUGCUGCUGCAUGGGAUGUCUUCAGGACCAUCGACAUGGAUGUUCAGGCAAACUUGUUGCAAUUUCACAUGAGACAAUCAUGCGCGGAUCGGAAGAACAGUCGUUUGGACGAAGACGAGGAGAUUGCGCUGAACGCUUGGCACCGUAUUGAUCGCCACACUAGAGAAGUUAUCAAGAGGAACUUCCUGCCUGACCUGCUUCGGAUGUACGAAGAACGAGUGAGGGCCUUCAUCCAAGACACGAGGGACUUGCUUGCGCUGGAUGUCCAGGACCCGUUCCAGAGGCUGCUCCUACACGGCGUGUGCGAGUUCUACAAUGUGGCAUCUGAGACGACGAGCAGCACAGUGAGAGAGUACGGCGGGGACAGGCUGUGGAAGACGACGACGAUCAGGAAGAGAUCGGGCACGGGCGCUCCACCCAGGAUCACCUUGGUUGACUUCCUGACAAGGAAGAAGAAUGGAUGCCACUGAAAUUUCAUUUUGUGAUCAGGCACCUUCUUUCCUUUAGAUCAGGCACGGGCGCUCCAUCCAGGAAGAAGUGGUUGUGCUUGAUUUGUAGUACUACUCCCUCCGUCCGAAAAAGUUUGUCCCUCAAAUGGAUGUAUCUAGCAUCAAUUUAGUGCUAGAUACAUUCAUUUGAGAGACAAGUUUGGGACAAGUUUUAUCGGACGGAGGGAGUACUAGUAUGCCAGCUAGCAAUCUAUACUCCUUAAUUUGAAGUGCUACUCAAUCAGUGGAGUAGUAGCGUACUAUUUGAUGGUUAAUAUAUGACACUUACUAGCUGUACUAUGAUUGUCGGUCUUUGUCGUUUCAUACAUGGAUCGAUCUCGGUUGUAGUAG